AUGGAUGGAUACGCUGACUCCACCGAGGAUGUGGAGGGCUUGAGGCGAUCGCGAACCGCGCUUGAUCAGUACGAGUCUACUUACCCUGGCCAAUUCGAUAUAACCAGCGGUGCACGUGUUCAUGUCGGAAACACGAUAAAUUACGAUAAGGGGAAUGAUGACACUGCAAAGAAAUGCCGACGGGACCUCUUCCUGACCGAUCCGCUCGAAGAUAAGAAUAAUUUGAAACGGAAGAAGGGCAAUCGUGCUCCGAACACAUGCGAAUGGAUUCUUGACACCGAAGAGUUGGCUAAAUGGCAAGAUUCCGGUCCAAUUAUAUGGCUAUAUGGAGAAGGCAAGACUGUCUUGCCAUUCUUCUGUGAUUCGAGCUUUGAAACGCGCAGGACAGCUACUGCAGUUAUGCGAGGUCUUCUCUACCAGCUCGUUACGCAGCAUCCAUCACUCCUCCGAUAUCUCCUGCCACAAUAUCACGAUCGUGGGAGAAAUCUAUUCGCGUCGUUCGACGCUCUUUGGGCGACCUUUAUGGACGCCGUGGCAGAUAAAGAUACGGGUGAAAAGCUUUGCAUUAUCGAUGCCCUAGAUGAGUGCGACCAGGAAUCUCAGGAGACGCUACUGAAACAACUUCGGAAGUCGUUCGGUCCAGACGGCCGCUCGGUCUAUACACCGAACAUCCGGAUUCUCAUAACCAGUCGACUCUACACAGAGAUCAAGGAAUACCUCGAGGAAUUUGCUAAAAAAGACAUAGCGUCCUAUCCACAGGCAAAAGAGGACAUCAUACGUCUCAUCGACAGCAAAUCAGCGUAUCUUCAGAAAAAGAAAGGAUACACAGACCAUACUAAAGAGAAAGUGAAAGCGGUACUCCGAAGCAAGGCAGAGGGUACUUUUCUUUGGGUCGGCAUAGUUUGCGAGGAACUAGAUCGAGUCGCGUCAAAAGACGCCACCAAGCUUCUACAAGACUUGCCAAAAGGACUCGAUGGAAUAUAUGCGAAGCUUUUGCAAUUAGCCUUUACUAAAACUAACGAUCAACAAAUAAUUGAAUCUAUCUUGAACUUCGUUACGGUAUCCUUGCGACCUCUCACCCUACUAGAGCUUUCAGAAGCUUGCCGACUACACAAAGACAAAAACGAAAAAGAACGAGUCGAGUACACACGCGAUAAUGUGAACUCUUGCCGAUUGAUGCUCGUUGUUCAACACGAAAAAGUCCUUCUACUCCACCAAACAGAGCGGAAGGACCCUAUGAACAAUGAAUUACUAUCCUACUCGACGCAAUUCUGGCCUGAACAUGCAAAGUUAGCAGCCGAGGAAUUCUGUAUUCUGGAACACCACAUUGAAUUCUUUACUCUCCAGUCAAGCUCUCGGGAGGCUUGGAGAGAUCGAUAUCGAGGAAAAUAUCAAACGACCCUUCCGAAAUAUUUUUCUAUUUUCCAUAUUGCUGCACAAUGGGACAUCCCAAUUAUUGUCAAUCAUAUCUUCUUGGAGGAAACAAAUCACGAUAACGCAAUGAGCAGGUAUCGGAAAAUAGGUGAAUUUGACGACAUAAAAUAUCUUGAUAGUGACAGGCAGACACUGCUUAAAGUGGCUGCAAGCUUUGGAAGCAUUCGCGUUAUCAAUUGUUUCCUACAAUGGGGAGUCAAGGCAAUGGACAUCACGGAGAAGGUGAUCAAGGCCGCAGCUGAAAAUAAGUACAGCGGUAAAGAAGUGAUGGCCCUGCUUCUCGACCGGAGAGGAGACCAGAUUACUAUUACAGAGGAGGUGAUCAAGGCCGUAGCUGAAAACGAGGACAGCGGUAAAGAAGUGAUGGCCCUGCUUCUCGACCGGAGAAGAGACCAGAUCACUAUUACGGAGGAGGUGGUCAAAGCCGCAGCUCAAAACCUUAUACGGGGAAAGGAAGGCCUAUGGUGUCAGAUACAAGGGGUCACGAGAUGUACCAAGAGCCACGUGAUUACCAGCCACUGGGUCCUGGCCAGACAUCCAUCUGCAGAGCAGAAAGACAGAGAUCAGAUACAACAAUCAAUCUAUCACAUUGAACUGUCAGAUUACCGUAAUAUCAAGGUCAAAAUAAGGUCACAUCGCAAGAUACGUGAAUAUCCGACAUACGACACCAUCAAACCGGGCAACGCCAACUUGAAGAGCAAAAAGGCGAGGGAAGUUCCUGAAGCUAUCAACCAGUAA